AUGCUGCUGUGGGUCCUGGACCCGGCAACGCGCGACGCCACCAUCCUGAAGCAGGCCCUGACGGGCGACGUCACCGACCUGCGAGCCGCCACGGGUGGUCUGCUCCCGGGCGCCGUCGCAGCUGCGGGUCGUGCGCCAGGCGUACCGCGCCAGGGGCCGGCGAGCGGCGGCUGGGGACAGACGAGCGCGCCUUCAUCCGCGUCUUCAGCGAGCGGAGCUGGGCGCACAUGGCGGCCGUGGCGCGCGCGUACCACCACAUACGACCGAUCCCUGGAAAGCGCCGUCAAGAGCGAGACGUCGGGCAACUUUUGCUUCGGCCUCCUCACCGUGCUGCGAUGCGCCGACAGCCCCGCCAGGUACUUCGCCAGGGUGCUGCACAAGGCCAUGAAGGGGCUGGGCACCUCGGACUCGGCGCUCAUCCGGGUCGUCGUCAGCAGGGCCGAGAUCGACAUGCAGUUCAUCAAGGCGGAGUACCACCGGAUGUACAAGCGAUCGCUCGCCGACGCCAUCCACGCCGAGACGUCCGGCCACUACCGCACCUUCCUCCUCUCCCUCGUCGGCCGCGACCGCACCUGCUGA